GGCAACAAGAACCAAAAUUUGGGAGGAAAAAAAAAACCAGCUGCAGAACCGGCUAUAUACAAAGCCAUCAGAUGGUAGGGGUGGGGACGCGAUUAAUCUCCAUCGCCAAGCCUUGACGAAGUCCUCCUCCUUCCCCCCGCCAACACCCACCCAGACAGAUCCUGCCGACCACGGGGGGCUCCAUGUCCACCGGCGGCGCGGCGAGCCCGGCGCUGGCGCCGGACGCGGACGCGCCGGCCGGCGAGGGCCUGGCGCUGGCGCAGUUCGCGGCGGGGUGCUUCUGGAGCGUGGAGCUGGUGUACCAGCGGCUCCCCGGCGUGGCGCGCACGGAGGUGGGCUACUCGCAGGGCCGCCGCCACGCGCCCACCUACCGCGACGUCUGCGGCGGCGGCACGGGGCACGCCGAGGUGGUGCGCGUGCACUACGACCCCGAGGCCGCCCCCUACGGCGCCCUCCUCGACGUCUUCUGGGCCAAGCACAACCCCACCACGCUCAACAGACAGGGCAACGACGUAGGGACGCAUUACAGGUCGGGGAUCUACUACUACACGGCGGAGCAGGAGAGGCUGGCGCGGGAGUCGCUGGCGGAGAAGCAGAAAGAGUGGAAGGACGCCAUCGUCACCGAGGUCCUGCCGGCGCGGCGGUUCUACCCCGCCGAGGACUACCACCAGCAGUACCUGGAGAAGGGCGGCCAGUCCGCAAGGAAGGGGUGCAGCGACCCCAUCCGAUGCUACGGGUGAGAGGUCCCGGGUCACGUGACGCGCGUGCUGCACAUUGUGUCACUGUCACCGGCAAUGUAUCAGUACGUGUCAGGAUGGAUGUCUGUGUUGGGAACUUGGAAUAACGGAGUGGAUUGCAAAGGCCACGGUUAAUUAUGUACAGUGAUAUUCUCCGGAUUUUCAUACUUGCUCUCUGCUCUCUGAUCAAUUCUGUCAUUCCUAUUAGUACAUGCCAAGACGCCUAAGGUGUCUGGGAUAUUUAAAAAAAAAA